GACCGACCAGUGAAGGUGGUGUGAUAAAGCUGCAGAAUCUCGAGAUGUGAUCAUGUACCCUCGUGCGAAGGAUGCACCGUGACCGCUCCUGGAUAUCUAUGGAAGGGUCAGGACUGACAGUCAGAGGGCUUCAGUCUACAGCAGAGACCAGAAGACGUCCCAGAACAGAGAGACCAGCAUGAGGCUUCAGAUACGCUGGGCAGCACACAGACGUGUGUUGGCAGCAGCUGUCGUGGUUUUCCUCGGCCUGGUCUUAGUCUCUAUGCCACUGCUGAGCACAGGACCAAUCAAACCUGCAGAGUGGGUCAUCAACCCUGCACAUAGAAAGCUCGUCCAUGAAUAUGUGCAGAGAGUCUUGGAGAGUCAGUGUCGCCCUGGCAGCACCAGACAGAGCUUGUUAACUCAUCUCCCUGCUUCCAGUCACAAUGUCCAGCCCUUCCUGUGGAAAGAUGAACCACUGAACGAUGACCUUUUCUUGUAUCCCUCGCCGUUUGGGUUCAAAGGUCUUCAGAGCAAAGUAGCGGAACUGCAAAAACUGCUACCAGCCUCAGACUCACCACUGCCUGAGAAGGCUGCAGGGAAAUGUCAGCGCUGUGUGGUCAUGGGAAACGGAGGCAUUCUCAAAGGCUUGGAGCUGGGCCCGCUGAUUGACCGCUUUGACACCAUUAUCAGAUUAAACCGAGGUCCACUGGGAAAGUUCAGCAUUGACGUUGGGAAUCGAACCACCAUCAGAAUGAGUUACCCGGAGGGCACGCCUCUUAGCUGGGCUGACACAGACCCAGACACUCUGUUUGUGACGGUAGUGUAUAAAAGCGGAGACAUCAGCUGGAGCUCUGCUAUGAUCAACAAGCUCUCUGUGCCUCUGUGGGAUUGGUUCUUUUUCUGGCAGAAGGUUCCAGAUAGAAUCCCUCUCAAAGCCAGUAAGUUCAGACUUCUAAACCCACAUGUGAUCAGAGAGACUGCACUGGACCUCCUGAAAUAUCCUCUUCCCAGGCCACGCCUGUGGGGCUGGGACCAGAACAUUCCCACUCUCGGUGUGUCUGCGCUGACUCUAGCUAGCCUGCUGUGUGACGAGGUCAGCCUGGCAGGCUUUGGCUACAACCUCUCCCAGCACGGGGCGCCACUGCACUACUAUGACCAGCUGCCUAUGAGCUUCAUGCUGGAGCAGAGCAUGCACAACGUGAACAGAGAGACUGAGCUCUUGCAAAGACUGGUUAGAGAGGGAACCAUCACUGACCUGACAGGGGGGAUCCACUGCUCCUACUGCCACAGCUGACCCACCACAGCCUUCUAGUGCAGAGUGCUUCCUUUUUGUGGUGUGAACAUUUUCAUAUCCUCUCUGAGGCACUGAACAGAAGUCAAGCAAGAGUUACAGGAUAUUUUUAACAAAACGCUUUAUGAAGAACUGAUUUGUUUUUAAUGAGAAAGGGCCUUGGACCACAGUCUUGUCUUUGCUCACAGACACGUGUUGCAAAGCUUCCAGUUUGUAAUAACUGAUUCUCAUCAGCAAUGCAUCAGGAGCUUCUCAGUAUUUGAGUUAUUUUUAGUUGUGGAACACGAUCAGUAACUUGUAAACAGUGUUAUUCAAUUCAAUUUCAAUUCAAUUUUAUUUAUAUAGCGCCAAAUCACAACAAAAGUCACCUCAAGGCGCUUUCGGUAUCAUGGUUGUUGUGAUUGUUCUGAUGCAAGUUAAAAUUAUGUUUGUACAUCAGUAAAUUAUCAGUGGAACAAAAUGAAUCUGUAUUCAGUUGCACAGAUUGGACCAAAGUGUCUUCAGC